AUGGCUACAGCCUUCAAAAUCAUAAGCUCCAAGCAGCCCAGCACCAGCCCAGAGAUGAAGUACACUCUGGGAAAUUCUUGGAAUACUUCAACAGCAACUGUCCCUAUGAAGACCACAGCGGAACCAGUCACACUUCAGUCCACAGCCAUAGAGAGUGGCAGCAUCAGCCUCCCUCACCUGCCCACAGGAUUCAUGACACCAGCCAAGUCACCAGCAAAAGGGACAGCAACUACAGAAUGGGUCUCACUCUCUCCAUCUGAGGUUUGGACCAACUCCCAUCUUGGGACUCCAGAAGGGACCAAAAAGUCAUUGGGCACAGUGUCCUCUGUCUCCCAAGAGUCAAAUCCUAAAGGCAACAUAGGGACUGGUCCACAAAGAAGCCCAACUCCGAUUCCAAGGACAACUGGAAUGAAUUUAUCCGUGUGGCUUGGCUCCACUGGAGGGACCACCGUGGACACACAUGUCUCUCUGAACACAUCUUCCAUUGGUCCUGAAGACUCUGUGACCAUCCCAGACUCUGUGACAACCCAGAUGGUAACCAUGAGCUCAGUGACAGAUAAAUCUGAAUUUAUAACCAAGACAAGGGUCAACAUCACAGUCACUCCUUCCACUGUUCUGAGUAAAGAUACAAUGACAGAUGAACAACAGGCAAGUAUAUCUGUGAGUGAGGCUUAUUCAUCUGCUAGCCCAUGGUCAGAGCAGACAACUGGGAGUAACCUGAUUAUUGGUAAAUCCCCUGAGGCCAAAGACACAUUGCAUAACACCUCCUUAGAACAAACCACAUUAGCAUCUCUGACCUCUGAAAGCCAAGACAUUACCAGCAUCACCAAUGCCACAGGAGGAAAAAUGAGCUCUUCACCAUCUGUCACAUUCCCCUCCGUGGGGUCAAAGACACUGGCGACCAUCACAAGUGUAGUAACUAGUGAUGUUGCCUCUACUCUUGGGCAACUAUCACAGACCUCAUAUCCUGCAGCAGGAGUGAGCAACAUGGAGGUAACCAUAGCUUCCACUCCACUUGUCACCACCACCAUCACCACUAUGGAAACCAAUUCAGUCCUGACUACCAUGCCGGACCCAAAAGCAAGUGUGAGCAGCAUGGACAGCACCCUGGCUACAGAGACCAGUACAUCUGCCCUACAGCACCCACCCACCAGGUCAUCCACAGCUGCAACACCAGGCCCCAGGACUAUCACAGACAUGGCUUCAAUCUUGGAAGUCACAGGUUCUCCUAAAGCAAAUUCUGCAAUGAGCACAACUUCAUCCAUAGCGUCAAGCACUGAAUCAGGCUCUGUGUCUACCCCGCAUGGCCUUGUGACUGUCAUUGGAACCAGCCUAGCCAUCCCAUCCUCCUUUGCUUCAGCUGAAAAGACAGAGGCCAGCACAAGUGUAAGGACAUUGAGUCCUUUAGACACAACUGCCUCUAUGCCCAUAUCAACUUCUGGUGUUGAGAGGAUGAGCACCUCAGUUCCUGACAUUUUAAGCACAAGUCAGACUCCCAGUAGAAGAGAAACAGAAGCCUUGCAUGUUUCAAUGACUUCUAUGGACCAUCCAAAUACAAAGACUAUCCCAAAGAGCCUCCCAUCCACUCCUCAGCCUGAUUCUCUGUCCACUCUUAACUGGGCCACUGGGAGUUCUGUGUCAUCAGCCAUAACCUCUACCUCAGUUCUUCAAGAGGUUACAACUCCUUCAGAACUCCCUUUGGAGAACAUGAUCAGCCCAACUACCUCACAGCUGCCCUCCUCCAUAGAGGACAUUACAAGUGAGGUCACACCUGUUACAAUGGUAAAUAGCUCUAAAGUCACUUUAUCAGGGAGGCCAGAUCUUGCCAGCAAAGAAGUAGAGCAGAGCUCUACCCAGCUUCACAUCACAGCUUCUGCAGAUCCAGGGUAUAUGUCUAGACCAGAAGCAACGACUCUGGAUUUAAUCCCAUACACAGUAAGAACUCCAUAUCCAACUCCCCGGGUGAAUGGGAUAAGGACUCCUACAACACAGGCAAGAGCUACACCUCAUUCCUGGAUGGGGGAAGAAGAAUCAAGCUCAAGAACAUCUCUGAACACAGAGGUGAUAAAUGUCUCUUCUGUCUCAGGAGGGACCAUCAAGGAGGUUACUGACUCCCCAGGCCUAUUAAAGACCACAGAUCUACUGGGCAUAAGCUUGGAAUCUGGGACAACUUCAUCUCCAAAUUGGAAAAAUGGCACAUAUGAGAGAAUAGCCACUUCUGAACCUACCAUAGACAAAGAGACAAUUCACCCCUCUACAAACACAGUAGAUACAACAGUAUGGCCCUCAAAUUCUGAACAUGAUCUUCAUUCCACUGUCCCAGCCCAUUCAGAGUCAUCCAUGGGCACAUAUCCAAUGAAUACUACCUCCAUCAUGCUGAAUACCAUUGUUUCCACAACAACAACUACCUGGCCAGAAUCCACAAGGGCUGGAAGAGAGCUUGAUUACCCCCUGACCACUGAACUGAGGGAGUCCAGUAUUUACAUGGAUACCAACUCAACCGCAGAGAUAAGCAGUGUCCAUUCCCUAAGUUCUUUUGCUAUUACUCGGGUGUCCGGGACAGAAGUCACUACCUCUGACAGAAUUUCCAGCCCAGAUCUAGCUCAGUCCACAAGGUCAUCAGACAUCACCAGGCCCUCUACCUUCCCUGACAUAACAGACUCUGAAAAAAUGACCAUAACCAUGCAAACAGGUCCUUCUGGGACUACCUCGCUGGGUGCACCUACCAUGGACACAUUAGUCACAGCCUCCUUGUCAGGGACUUACUUGGCUGUGACUCAGGGAUUUCCACAGUCAAAGAUAACCACUCAAGUGAGCAAAGGUCCUGAAGGUGUGUCAUGGACAAACCUUCCCUCUGUGGGAGAAGCCACCUCUUCCUCUUCCCUAGCACCUAUCUCUGACACAACCUCAUCUUCUCAUGUUUUGUUGACAUCACAAGGGCAAAGUACUUCCUCUACUCUACCUGUGACCUCAGGUCUCUUGCCUAAGAACUUUGGCUUGGGGAAGACCAGAGACAUGUUGAGGACGAGUUUGGAAACUGAUACCAGUUUACCCCCAAAUUUGAGGAGUAGCUCAGAUGAGAUGUUUGUCACCACAGAUAUAGAAGCAACUCAUCCUUCCACAAACACAGCAAUGACGCAUGUAGAGACUACCAGUUAUGGACAUGAAUCACAUUCUCCUGUCCUGGCCCACACACAGCCAUCCAAAGCUACAUCUUCAGUGGUUACCUCCUCUACCAUGUGGGACACUACUGCUCCCACAUUAAUGUCUGGCUCAUCUGAGACUAUAAAGAUUGAGAGAGAGUCAGUGUCCUCACUGAAUACAAGACUUAGGGAGACAAGUACCUACCAGGAGACCGGCUAUGCUACAGAGACAAGCACUGUCAUUUCCAAUGUGUCCACAAAUGAUGCUACUACUGAGGCCACCAGGAAACAAGUUACCUCCUCUAACAGGAUAUCCAUCCCAAGCCCUAUUCACUUCAAAACUUCUCCAAACACACCUACAGAAAGCAGAACCAGCCCCUCUAUAUCCAUGUUCAUGUCAGAAUCUUCAGGAAUGACCAUCACCACCCAAACAGGUCCCCCAGGGGCUAUAUCACAGGACACACUUACCUUGGAUAUAUCGACCAAGGUCUCUGGGGCAGGGAACCAUUCGACUAUGACUCAGAGUUUUAUGCACUCAGAGAUGACCACUCUCAGGAGUAGAGGUCCCGAGGAUGUGUCUUGGCCAAGCCCUGCCUCUGUGACAGAAACUGGCUCUCCAUCUUCCCCAGGGAAUGUACCUGCCAUGACAGCACCCUCCCCUGAGCCAUCCACAUUACCAGGGAGGAGCCCCUCUUCUCCUACCCCUGUGACCUCCCUUCUCGCUCGCAGCCUGGGCAAAACCAAAGACACAUUGGCUACAAGUGUGGAACCUGUGUCCAGUUCAACUUCAAGUGAGAUCAGCACCACCAUUGAGAUACUGUCCACCUCUGAAGCCUCCACAGGCACAGAUGCAAUUGAGCCCUCCAAAAACACAGCUGGGACCCACAGGGCCAAAAGAAGUUCUGGACAUGAAACACAUUCCUCUGCCCCAGCUGACUCAGAGCCAUCCAAUGUCACAUCCCCAAUCAUUACUCCUUCCACCUCUAGGGACACCCGUGUAUCCACAUCAAUGCCUCACUCUUUAGGAACUACAAUGUUUGAGAUACACUCCACAUCCUCUCUGACUCCUGAACUGAGGAAGACCAGCACCGUCCAGCAGAACAGCUCAGCCAUAGAGAAAAUCACUCUCCUUUCCAAAGUACCCACUGAUACGACGACUGAGAUCUCUAGGAUAGAACCGAUCUCCUCUAGCAGCACGUCCAUCUCUGGCCCUGUUCAGUCCGCGAUGUCGCCAGACAUUCCUGCGGGCAUCAUCACCAGGCCCUCUGCCUCUCCAGUGAUGACAGAAUCUGCAGAAGUGACCGUGACCCCCCAAACAGGUCCCACUGAGGCUACAUCACAGCACCCACUUCACUUGGGCACUACAACCAACACCUCAGGGGCAGAGAUUCACUCGACUGUGACUCAGAGUUUUACGCAAUCAGAGAUGACCACUCUCAGGAGCAGAGGUCCUGAGGAUGUGUCUUGGCCAAGCCCUGCCUCUGUGACAGAAACUGGCUCUCCAUCUUCCCCAGGGAAUGUACCUGCCAUGACAGCACCCUCCCCUGAGCCAUCCACAUUACCAGGGAGGAGCCCCUCCUCUCCUACCCCUGUGACCUCACUUCUCACUCGUAGCCUGGGCAAGACCAAAGACACAUUGGCUACAAGUGUGGAACCUGUGUCCAGUUCACCUUCAAGUGAGAUCAGCACCACCACGGAGAUACUGUCCAGCUAUGAAUCUUCCACAGGUACAGAUGCAAUUCAGCCCUCCAAAAACACAGCUGGGACCCACAGGGCCAACACAAGUUUUGGACAUGAAGCACACUCCUCUGCCCCAGCUGACUCAGAGCCAUCCAAUGUCACAUCCCCAAUCAUUACUCCUUCCACCCCUACGCACACCAGUGUUUCCACAUCAAUGCCUCACUCUUUAGAAACGACAAUGUUUGAGAUACACUCCACAUCCUCUCUGACUCCUGAACUGAGGAAGACCAGCACCGUCCAGCAGAACAGCUCAGCCACAGCAAAAAUCGCCAUCCUUUCCAAAGUACAAACUGAUACAACUACUGAGAUCUCUAGGACAGAACCGAUCUCCUCUAGCAGCACAGGUCCUGAGGAUGUGUCUUGGCCAAGCCCUGCCUCUGUGACAGAAACUGGCUCUCCAUCUUCCCCAGGGAAUGUACCUGCCAUGACAGCACCCUCCCCUGAGCCAUCCACAUUACCAGGGAGGAGCCCCUCCUCUCCUACCCCUGUGACCUCACUUCUCACUCGUAGCCUGGGCAAGACCAAAGACACAUUGGCUACAAGUGUGGAACCUGUGUCCAGUUCACCUACAAGUGAGAUCAGCACCACCACGGAGAUACUGUCCAGCUAUGAAUCCUCCACAGGUACAGAUGCAAUUCAGCCCUCCAAAAACACAGCUGGGACCCACAGGGCCAACACAAGUUUUGGACAUGAAACACAUUCCUCUGCCCCAGCUGACUCAGAGCCAUCCAAUGUCACGUCCCCAAUGGUUAUUCCUUCCACCCCUGCACACACAAGUGUUUCCACUUCAAUGCCUCACUCUUUAGAAACUACAAUGGUUGAGAUACACUCCACAUCCUCUCUGACUCCUGAACUGAGGAAGACCAGCACCGUCCAGCAGAACAGCUCAGCCAUAGAGAAAAUCACUCUCCUUUCCAAAGUACCCACUGAUACGACGACUGAGAUCUCUAGGACAGAACCGAUCUCCUCUAGCAGCACGUCCACCUCUGGCCCUGUUCAGUCCGCGAUGUCACCAGACAUUCCUGCGGGCAUCAUCACCAGGCCCUCUGACUCUCCUAUCACCACAGAAUCUGCAGAAGUGACCGUGACCCCCCAAACAGGUCCCACUGAGGCUACAUCACAGCUCCCACUUCACUUGGGCACUACAACCAACACCUCCGGGGCAGAUAUUCACUCAACUGUGACUCAGAGUUUUACGCAAUCAGAGAUGACCACUCUCAGGAGCAGAGGUCCUGAGGAUGUGUCUUGGCCAAGCCCUGUCUCUGUGACAGAAACUGGCUCUCCAUCUUCCCCAGGGAAUGUACCUGCCAUGACAGCACCCUCCCCUGAGCCAUCCACAUUACCAGGGAGGAGCCCCUCCUCUCCUACCCCUGUGACCUCACUUCUCACUCGUAGCCUGGGCAAGACCAAAGACACAUUGGCUACAAGUGUGGAACCUGUGUCCAGUUCACCUUCAAGUGAGAUCAGCACCACCACGGAGAUACUGUCCAGCUAUGAAUCUUCCACAGGUACAGAUGCAAUUCAGCCCUCCAAAAACACAGCUGGGACCCACAGGGCCAACACAAGUUUUGGACAUGAAGCACACUCCUCUGCCCCAGCUGACUCAGAGCCAUCCAAUGUCACAUCCCCAAUCAUUACUCCUUCCACCCCUACGCACACCAGUGUUUCCACUUCAAUGCCUCACUCUUUAGAAACUACAAUGGUUGAGAUACACUCCACAUCCUCUCUGACUCCUGAACUGAGGAAGACCAGCACCGUCCAGCAGAACAGCUCAGCCAUAGAGAAAAUCACUCUCCUUUCCAAAGUACCCACUGAUACGACGACUGAGAUCUCUAGGACAGAACCGAUCUCCUCUAGCAGCACGUCCACCUCUGGCCCUGUUCAGUCCGCGAUGUCACCAGACAUUCCUGCGGGCAUCAUCACCAGGCCCUCUGACUCUCCUAUCACCACAGAAUCUGCAGAAGUGACCGUGACCCCCCAAACAGGUCCCACUGAGGCUACAUCACAGCUCCCACUUCACUUGGGCACUACAACCAACACCUCCGGGGCAGAUAUUCACUCAACUGUGACUCAGAGUUUUACGCAAUCAGAGAUGACCACUCUCAGGAGCAGAGGUCCUGAGGAUGUGUCUUGGCCAAGCCCUGUCUCUGUGACAGAAACUGGCUCUCCAUCUUCCCCAGGGAAUGUACCUGCCAUGACAGCACCCUCCCCUGAGCCAUCCACAUUACCAGGGAGGAGCCCCUCCUCUCCUACCCCUGUGACCUCACUUCUCACUCAUAGCCUGGGCAAGACCAAAGACACAUUGGCUACAAGUGUGGAACCUGUGUCCAGUUCACCUUCAAGUGAGAUCAGCACCACCACGGAGAUACUGUCCAGCUAUGAAUCUUCCACAGGUACAGAUGCAAUUCAGCCCUCCAAAAACACAGCUGGGACCCACAGGGCCAACACAAGUUUUGGACAUGAAGCACACUCCUCUGCCCCAGCUGACUCAGAGCCAUCCAAUGUCACAUCCCCAAUCAUUACUCCUUCCACCUCUAGGGACACCCGUGUAUCCACAUCAAUGCCUCACUCUUUAGGAACUACAAUGUUUGAGAUACACUCCACAUCCUCUCUGACUCCUGAACUGAGGAAGACCAGCACCGUCCAGCAGAACAGCUCAGCCAUAGAGAAAAUCACUCUCCUUUCCAAAGUACCCACUGAUACGACGACUGAGAUCUCUAGGAUACAACCGAUCUCCUCUAGCAGCACGUCCAUCUCUGGCCCUGUUCAGUCCGCGAUGUCGCCAGACAUUCCUGCGGGCAUCAUCACCAGGCCCUCUGCCUCUCCAGUGAUGACAGAAUCUGCAGAAGUGACCGUGACCCCCCAAACAGGUCCCACUGAGGCUACAUCACAGCACCCACUUCACUUGGGCACUACAACCAACACCUCAGGGGCAGAGAUUCACUCGACUGUGACUCAGAGUUUUACGCAAUCAGAGAUGACCACUCUCAGGAGCAGAGGUCCUGAGGAUGUGUCUUGGCCAAGCCCUGCCUCUGUGACAGAAACUGGCUCUCCAUCUUCCCCAGGGAAUGUACCUGCCAUGACAGCACCCUCCCCUGAGCCAUCCACAUUACCAGGGAGGAGCCCCUCCUCUCCUACCCCUGUGACCUCACUUCUCACUCGUAGCCUGGGCAAAACCAAAGACACAUUGGCUACAAGUGUGGAACCUGUGUCCAGUUCACCUACAAGUGAGAUCAGCACCACCACGGAGAUACUGUCCAGCUAUGAAUCCUCCACAGGUACAGAUGCAAUUCAGCCCUCCAAAAACACAGCUGGGACCCACAGGGCCAACACAAGUUUUGGACAUGAAACACAUUCCUCUGCCCCAGCUGACUCAGAGCCAUCCAAUGUCACGUCCCCAAUGGUUAUUCCUUCCACCCCUACGCACACAAGUGUUUCCACUUCAAUGCCUCACUCUUUAGAAACUACAAUGGUUGAGAUACACUCCACAUCCUCUCUGACUCCUGAACUGAGGAAGACCAGCACCGUCCAGCAGAACAGCUCAGCCACAGCAAAAAUCGCCAUCCUUUCCAAAGUACCCACUGAUACGACGACUGAGAUCUCUAGGACAGAACCGAUCUCCUCUAGCAGCACGUCCACCUCUGGCCCUGUUCAGUCCGCGAUGUCACCAGACAUUCCUGCGGGCAUCAUCACCAGGCCCUCUGACUCUCCUGUCACCACAGAAUCUGCAGAAGUGACCGUGACCACCCAAACAGGUCCCACUGAGGCUACAUCACAGCACCCACUUAGCCUGGGCACUACAACCAACACCUCCGGGGCAGAUAUUCACUCAACUGCCAUGACAACACCCUCCCCUGAGGCAUCCACAUUACCAGGGAGGAGCUCCUCCUCUCCUAACCCUGUGACCUCACUUCUCACCCACGGUCUGGGGAAGACCAAAGACACAUUAGUUACAACCUUGGGAGCAGUGACCACCUUACCUCCAACUUUGAGUAGUCCCACAGUUGAGAUAAUUUCCACCUCUGAAUUUUCCAUAGAUACAGAGAAAAUUCUUCCUUCCAUAUACACAAUAAUGAGUACUGUGGGUUCUAGCAGUUCUGGAGAUGAACUAAGUUCCUCUGUCCCAAUUUUUCCUGAGUCCUCCAGCACCACAUAUCCUAUGGGUACUGCUUCCUCCGUGUAUGAGACCGCUUUUUCCACAACAAUACGUUCCUCCUUUGAGAUGAAGACACUUUCCCAUCUGACUCCUAGACUGAAGGAGACAAGAGUAACCUUGGAUUCCAGCUCAAGCACACUCACAAACACACCGUCAUCGCAUCUGUUCACUCAUGGUUUGAAGGGUCCCAAGACUGAUGUUACGUCUUCUGUGACAGUAUCAGCACCAGAUCAGCCUCUGUCUACACAGUACACUGACAUUCCAGUGGAAACAGUCACACGCUUUUACACUUCUCCCUCCAUUACAGGGUCUGCUGGCAUAACUGUCCCAGAAUCCAAUCUUUCUGUGCCUGUAUCAGAAAAUACACGUUACCUAAGCACAGAUAUGUUGUCUUCAGCGGAGACCAUUUUUGCUAAUAACACACUAACACCUUCUUUGUCAGAGGCCAUGGCUUCCUUUGCUACAUCUGGAGUUCCAGGUGCCAUCUCAGUCAGUACAUUUUCUAGGACAGAAUCAGACCCUGGGGAUGCUACUAUGCCCACCACGGCAGAGAGUCUACCUUCUUCAGCUUCAAUACCAUUCCCCUCUUUGACCUUCCGUACCACUGAUUCUUCAUCCACCCCACUCCCCCAUUGGAUUACUUCCUCACCAGCUACCGCAAGAACAGUAGACACCAACCUUGAGGCAGAGAGCCAAAGCACUGCUGCAUUACCCUUGGUUACAGCCAGUACUUUGCAGACUUGGACCCAGCCAGUCAGGACAUCUUUACCACCCAUUAUGGAUACCAGAAUGACAGAGAGUGUUGGUUUGGGAACAGUGACAAGUACUUCUCAAGUUCUUCCACACUCAACCCAGUUGACAAGGACUGAUGGCAUUGUGGAGCGUAUCACAAAGAUACCCAAUGAAGCAGCACAUGGAGACACCACCGUCCAUGUCCCCCUGGCAUCCACGUCUGCUAGUCUUAGAGGACUAUCAACAGGAGGGACAGAGAGGGCAGAGACCACUGCCAAGGUUCUGAAGACCACUUCCACAGUGACCUCGACUACCAGAGUCUCUACUCCCACUUCAGGUAUGCUGUCUCUCCUUAGGACAUCAGAUAAAACAGCCAGCAUAAGCACAACAGGAAUGAUCAUCACAACCCCAGAUGUUCCAAAGAUGAGAGCCUCAUUUGUCACCAGACCUGGAGACAAGACCAGCACAGUAGUUCCCAUGACAAUCCCAUCUACUUUCAAUAGAGGACCACAGACUACACCCUCACUGGUCCCUAGUUCUGGGGCAGAGACCAGUACAGCUGUUCCAACUCUGACUGAUUCCAUGCACAAACCAGAGACAACAGCCUCAUGGGUCACCCAUACAGAAACAAGUUCAGCUAUUCUAACUAUGACUGCUUACCCUGGGAAGCCAAAUACAACAGCUUCACUGGUCACCCAUCCUGUAGACACCAAACUGACUGUUCCCAGGACAACCCCCAAUGUUUCCCAUAGUGAAUUAGACACCACAUUCUCAGUGGCCACCAGUCUUGGGGCAGAAGUCAGUUCAGUUGUUCCAACUCGUACUGUCUCAGCUGGUGUACCAGAUAUCAGGACUUCACAGGUCACUAGCUCUGAGACAGACACCACUAUGGCUAUUGUACCUCUGACUCUUUCUCCUGGUGAACCAGCAACCACAGUCUUAAUGGUCACCCAUUCCAGUGAAGAGACAAGCACAAGUUUUCCUGCUUCAACUAUUUUUCCUCAUUUACCAGAGAUCACAGCCGCACCAUCCAUCCCACCUGGGUUGGAGACUAAUACAACUCUUCCAAAUCAGACUGUUUCUCUCAGUCCACCAGAAACAUCCUCUCUCUUCACCACAACUGUGACCAAGACAGUCAGAGUUAAUCUAACUCCAACAGCUUCAUUUGGUGUUCCUGCAGAAACAGCCUCACUCUCUACCCAUCCUGGGACAGACAUCAGCGCAACUAUCUCAACUUCAGCUCCUUCCCGUGGUUUACCAGAGACCACAGGCUUACUGGCCACCAGGCCUGCAACAGAGGCCAAUACAAGUACCCCAGCUCUGACUGUUUCCCCUGGCGUUCUUGGGCCUUUCAGGACCCCUGCAACAAUUGUUGGGCUUUAUCCUGUACCUUCCGGGAGCACAGAAACCUCACCACCCACAACCUCAGCUGGACUCCCAGAAUUUCCCAAGACCGUGACAGGGGACACCAUGACCUUGAUAACAUCAGAGACUCCAACACCACCUAAAACCAGUCAUGAGGAAGGAUUAAGUACAACCACUGUCCUGAAAACCACCACUGUUGAGACCACUCAUUUAGCUGCCACAGGUUCAGGUCCCACUGUGGCCAAGACCACAAUCACCUUCAAUACACUGUCUGGAAGUCCUUUUGCCCCUGUGACCACACCUGGAACCUCUACCUUGGCCUCUGUGAGGGUGACUUCAGGAACAAAAGUGGAGCCAUCAAUUCAUCUACCAACAGACCAACCAACAAUCAGUCCCAGCUUCCAGAACUUCCAGCUGAAUUUCACUGUCACCAACUUAAUCUAUUCCCAAGACAUAGCCCCAGGCACACCCAAACACCAGCGGAACAAGAGAAAUAUUGAGGAUGCGCUCAACCAGCUCUUCCGAAACAGCAGCAUCAAGAGUUAUUUUUCUGACUGUCAAGUUUCAGCAUUCAGGUCUGAGCCCCACAGUAACCACACUGGGGUAGACGCUCAGUGUAACAUCUCACCAUUGGCUCAGAGACUGGACAGAGUUGCCAUCUAUGAGGAAUUCCUGCGGCUGACCAAGAAUGGUACCCAGCUGCAGAAUUUUAUCCUGGACAGGAAUAGUGUCCUUGUGGAUGGGUAUUCUUCCAAUAGAAACGAUGUCUUGACUGAGAAUUCGGACCUCCCCUUCUGGGCCAUCAUCCUCAUCUGCCUGGCAGGACUCCUGGUGCUCAUCAUGUGCCUGAUCUGCUGUUUCCUGGUCACUGUCUCCAGGCGGAAGAAGGAGUUAGACUGCGAGGCUCAGCAACAAUGCCUGGGCUAUAACCUGCCACACCUGGACCUAAGGAAGCUGCAGUGACAUCUGCUUGAGUCCCCUUUUCCCAGUCAGGUUCCAAAGGAGCUUGGCUGGAACAGAAAUAAACCACGCUGGUCAGACA